AUGAGCGCAGGACAGGACCAGGCUACGGAUCUCGCCAUUCAAGGCACCAACACGUCAAGUAUCACCUCAAAACGGAGUCUUGAGCGUCUAGGAUACCUCGAUCCAUGCCACAUCCCAGGCGUCACCGAGCAGGAUUCGCCAAUGAUGUUCAAGUAUGUUGUCCCCAAGCCCAGUCGUCGCUCGCCCGUCAUCAACCGUGCAUACUAUCAACGGACAGAGAGCAUCCGCGUCUUGGUCGAGGGGUGGAUCGAGGAGUGUGAGUCCAAGGGCAUUGAACAAUGCGCCGUCAUGUCCCUUGGAUGCGGAUUUGACCCCACGUACUUUCGAUUGGCGACUCUGAGAAAGGCAAAGGAGAGUAAGACAAAGCUAAAGUACAUCGACAUCGAUUACCCUACACUCAUCACGGAGCGACUCUACAUGGUCAGGACCCAAGACACCCUUCGCAGUUUGCUCCCACAGAACCCUACAGUCGAUGAUGUGGGCGAGAUUGUGUCAGACACCUACUCGUGCUUGGGAAUCGACCUAAGGAACUUGGAAAUGCUCAAGAAAGGCCUUGAGGCUGCUGGAGUUGUCCCUGGUCUGCCUGUUUUGAUUGUCUCUGAGGUUGUUCUCUCCUACCUCGAGGCCGCUGAGUCUGAUGCCGUGAUAAAGUUUUUUGCAGCAUAUCCCGAUGCUACGUUCAUUUUGCACGAGCAGUGCAUCCCGACAUUUGAUGUUGACGAUGAGCAGGAGAACCUUCAUCCAUUCUCUUCGACAAUGUUCAGGCACUUCCAAAAGACAAUGACGCCACUCAAGACGCUACAGGAGUACAGGAGCCUACAGGAUCAUCGGGAACGGUUCAAGGUAUUGGGUUGGUCAAAGUGCGAUCUGUUGAACAUGAACUUGUUUGCAGACUAUGUUACCAUGCCGACAGCAGAGGAGCACCAGCGCGUGUCCUUGUUGGAGCCCUUCGACGAGCACGAUGAGCUGUACUGGAUUGGAGCAUACUACUUUAUCGCUGUUGCGUCAACCGGUCCGGGAACCUCGUCGGUUCAAGGCAAGAAGAGUCCUGACGUGCUUGAGCAUAUCGGGCUGAGAUCCAAACUGCAGGAUGUCACAGCGCUGUCUGCUCACCAUGUGGACCAGGAGACGUACACGAACCUGGAUGAUGAAUUCACUGACGACACCAUUUCUUCGGACUUGAUCACCGACAUUGACUGGGCGAAGCAAAGCCCGUUCCAGGACCUGGAUAUCAACCGAAAGGGUCACACCCUGUCGAUCCUUGGAGACGAAGCGUUUGUCUUCGGGGGGUUCGGUCUGGAUGCAGAGGGUCACCAAGAGGGCGCAAAGGUCUUUCAGACUCGAGGACAGCAGACACGCCUGAACACUAUGAUGCGACUCAACUUGAUCGACGGGUCUGCAGAAACACUUGCUGCAGGAAGCGACGGACCAGCCCCUCGGAUGCAUCACUCGGCUGCGACCUCUCUGGAUGGUUCGGCCAUAUAUGUCUAUGGAGGGCGGGAUGGACCCAGCAAGGUUCACAACGAUGUUUGGCGCUACUCUCCAAAUGGCGGUUGGGAUCCCUUGUGGCGAGCAAGAGUCAGCAACGAGGGUGAGAGCCCGGUACCCAAGGGGCUCUUCAAACAUACCGCCAGCAUGAUGACGGUGGGUGGCAGGGAGAUGAUGGUUGUACUUGGAGGAAGACUCGACACUGGCGAAGCCAACAGUCAGGUUUGGGCGUUCGAUCCGCAGGAAUGUCAAUGGGGCCAUUUCAAGUGGAGGUCACUCGAGAACGGACAGCAACAACCCUUCCCUGGCAUCUUUUCUCACAGCGCUGUCGUCAUCCCUGAUGCCAACAAUCAAGACAGUCUAUUGGUAGUGGGCGGUAUCCGAGGAAACGACGAGAAGGUCCUAAACACAGUCUGGAGAGUCAGCCUAGGUGUGAGUGAAGAAGAACCCAACUGUUGGGUAGAGGCCAAGGAGCUGGAUAUCAGGACCGACUCAGGCGACCCAUUGCCGCCACGGUUCGGACACACCAGUAUUGCGCUGGAUGACGAUCGGGUAUGGAUUAUGGGCGGAGUCUCUGCGCCAGGACUGCUCAAAUGGCAGGAGACGAUGGUCGAGAUUCGGCCAAGAGAGAGUACCUUCCAGUACCUUCGAGCGUCAGCGUUCAAAGAGUUGGUGAUGGUUGGACACGCCACUGCGUUGGACACAAAUCGAGGUCAGAUCAUUGGAGUCGGUGGUGGAGGCACUUGCUUUGGGUUUGGCGCAUGGUGGGAUGCCACCGGCUGGGCUUUGCUCGUUUAA